AUCUUGGCAUCAUCUGCGAUCGUUUCAAGCUGAGCUCCCAGUUCAAGUGGCCAGCUCAGUCGAUCGGGAGGUCUGUAGGAGGCAGCACCUCGAUGUGCCAAGCAUAUGUAUCUAGAUCGCCAGUUGGAUCAACACGCGAUAAUCCAAACAGUUGGCCCAAUGUUUACUCGUGCGGGGAAAGCACCGAAGCUAUAGGGCAAUAAAAGUGAAGGGGUGUACUACCGAGAGUUUUUAUUUUCAAGCGCUCGCCAUUUUGGGGGCAGUAAACGGGGACUUUUCUGCAGCUAUCUCAAGUGUGCUCGUUCGUCAAGCAAAAUCAAGUUCAGGAAAAGCAAUAAUAACAUGAAGUCUUUUUAGGUACAAAAAUUACAACGGCUCUCAAUACGACAUAGUACUUCAAUAUAAAUAGUUCAAUCACAUUCGCCAACCGGAAAUAAAAACAUGAAUAAUAACUCGAAAGUUUUGACCAUUGGAACUGAGAGCGCUGAUCUUGUAAAAGGAUCAGAGGAUCCUAAAAUUCCUAAAGAGUUGUCUGUGUCGCAUUUAGAAAAGCACUUACAGAAAAUUCUCCUUAAUGGCGCAAAACCAUUGACAAAUGUUUGUGAUGAAGGAUCAGUCGGAAGAUUUUCGGCGAAGGAAAGUAAGAAAAACAGAUUCUACUACGAGUUUGGACCGGGUGACAAGAUAAAUGGUUGGAUGAUUAGCGGUCCCACUUUUGAUGCCAAAGAUAUUCUAAGACGACUAAAGAAUGUCAUCAGCAAGGAGCACUGGAUAUCUGAUAAUGUGGCUAAGUAUCCAAAGGAUUCAAGAGACUUUAUAAUCCGAACUGCAUUCAACGCUUUGGACGAGGAAAGCUCAGAUAUUUACUCGUAUUUGUGCUACCUAAAUGAAAAUUCUAAGAGGAGGUGAACUUGGAAACAUAAACAGAUAUAAUUUGCCAUUCACCCUUCCCUAUAAACAAAACAAGAACCAUCACUAAUUCAGAGCUUUUGCCUGAACUUUCCCACGAAAUGAUUUCAUUAGAAAAUAAAUAAAAGAACUGUUCUCAAUGCAAACGGACAGCAAUAAGACUGAACCAGAACCUAAAAUGACGUCCACAAGCAGCGUUUUAAAUAUUGGAAGUGACAGCGAAGAAUUAAUUACAAAUUGCCGAAGACA